AGAGCCCGUCCCGGGCGCCGGCGAGCGAGCUCCGGCCGCGGCGGCAGCGCCAUCCCGGGCCGCGGGCAGCCGCGCCUCGCCCUCCGCGUCCGGAACUGCCUUCGCUUUCCCGCGACCCCGCAGCAGCCGGCCCUCGGCGCGCCACGAACGCUGUCCCCUCUGUGGAGCAGAGACCCCCUUCCCCUUCUUAGGGGGUGUCGCCUCGGGGAUCGCUGAGCGCUAGGGGUCCAGGAGGCGGGGACGGGAGCGCCGUGACCCGCCAUGGCUCAAGCGGCCAAACAGCUGAAGAAAAUCAAAGACAUCGAGGCGCAGGCCCUCCAGGAGCAGAAGGAGAAGGAGGAAUCCAACAGGAAGCGGAGAAACCGCUCCCGUGACCGAAAGAAGAAGGCCGAUGCUGCUACCAGCUUUCUGAGAGCAGCAAGAUCAGGUAACUUGGACAAAGCUUUGGAUCACCUGCGGAAUGGGGUAGAUAUUAACACCUGUAACCAGAAUGGGUUGAAUGGCUUGCAUCUGGCUUCUAAGGAAGGCCAUGUGAAAAUGGUGGUUGAACUUCUGCACAAAGAAAUCAUUCUAGAAACAACAACCAAGAAGGGGAACACGGCCCUGCACAUCGCUGCUCUGGCCGGGCAGGAUGAGGUGGUCCGGGAGCUGGUCAACUAUGGAGCCAACGUCAACGCCCAGUCACAGAAAGGUUUUACACCCCUGUACAUGGCAGCACAAGAGAACCACUUGGAAGUGGUUAAGUUUUUACUGGAAAAUGGAGCUAACCAGAAUGUAGCCACAGAAGACGGCUUCACGCCUCUGGCGGUGGCCCUGCAGCAGGGCCAUGAGAACGUCGUCGCGCACCUCAUCAACUACGGCACCAAGGGGAAGGUGCGCCUCCCGGCCCUGCACAUCGCGGCCCGCAACGACGACACGCGCACGGCUGCGGUGCUGCUGCAGAACGACCCCAACCCGGACGUGCUUUCCAAGACGGGAUUCACACCCCUGCACAUCGCGGCUCACUACGAGAACCUCAACGUGGCCCAGUUGCUCCUCAACAGAGGAGCCAGCGUCAAUUUCACACCACAGAACGGCAUCACGCCACUGCACAUCGCCUCCCGCAGGGGCAACGUGAUCAUGGUGCGGCUGCUGCUGGAUCGGGGAGCCCAGAUAGAAACCAAGACCAAGGACGAAUUGACACCUCUCCACUGUGCAGCUCGAAAUGGGCACGUGCGAAUCUCAGAGAUCCUGCUGGACCACGGGGCACCAAUCCAAGCCAAAACCAAGAACGGCCUGUCCCCAAUUCACAUGGCGGCUCAGGGAGACCACCUCGACUGUGUCCGGCUCCUGUUGCAAUACGACGCAGAGAUAGACGACAUCACCCUGGACCACCUGACCCCACUCCACGUGGCUGCCCACUGUGGACACCACAGGGUGGCUAAGGUCCUUCUGGAUAAAGGGGCCAAACCCAACUCCAGAGCCCUGAAUGGCUUUACCCCCUUACACAUCGCCUGCAAAAAGAACCACGUCCGUGUCAUGGAGCUGCUGCUGAAGACGGGAGCCUCGAUCGACGCGGUCACCGAGUCUGGCCUGACACCUCUCCACGUGGCCUCCUUCAUGGGGCACCUUCCCAUCGUGAAGAACCUCCUGCAGCGGGGGGCGUCGCCCAACGUCUCCAACGUGAAAGUGGAGACCCCGCUACACAUGGCAGCCAGAGCCGGGCACACGGAAGUGGCCAAAUAUUUACUCCAGAACAAAGCCAAAGUCAAUGCCAAGGCCAAGGAUGACCAGACCCCACUUCACUGUGCAGCUCGCAUCGGCCACACAAACAUGGUGAAGCUCCUGCUGGAAAAUAACGCCAACCCCAACCUGGCCACCACCGCCGGGCACACCCCCCUGCACAUUGCAGCCCGUGAGGGCCACGUGGAAACAGUCCUGGCCCUUCUGGAAAAGGAAGCAUCCCAGGCCUGCAUGACCAAGAAAGGAUUUACCCCUCUGCACGUGGCAGCCAAGUACGGGAAGGUGCGGGUGGCAGAGCUGCUGCUGGAGCGGGACGCACACCCGAAUGCUGCCGGAAAAAAUGGCCUGACCCCCCUGCACGUGGCCGUCCAUCACAACAACCUGGACAUCGUCAAGCUGCUGCUUCCCCGGGGCGGCUCCCCGCACAGCCCUGCCUGGAAUGGCUACACCCCUUUGCACAUCGCUGCCAAGCAGAACCAGGUGGAGGUGGCCCGUAGUCUGCUGCAGUAUGGGGGCUCAGCAAACGCCGAGUCGGUGCAAGGUGUGACGCCCCUUCACCUGGCCGCCCAGGAGGGCCACGCAGAGAUGGUGGCUCUGCUGCUCUCGAAACAAGCCAAUGGCAACCUGGGGAACAAGAGCGGACUCACUCCCCUCCAUCUGGUAGCACAAGAAGGCCACGUUCCAGUGGCAGAUGUGCUGAUCAAACACGGCGUCAUGGUGGACGCCACCACCCGGAUGGGCUACACUCCCCUCCAUGUGGCCAGUCACUAUGGAAACAUCAAGCUGGUGAAGUUUCUGCUGCAGCACCAGGCAGAUGUCAAUGCCAAGACCAAGCUAGGAUACAGCCCCCUGCACCAGGCGGCCCAGCAGGGACACACAGACAUCGUGACUCUGCUUCUGAAAAACGGUGCUUCCCCAAACGAGGUCAGCUCGGAUGGAACCACACCUCUGGCCAUAGCCAAGCGCUUGGGCUACAUUUCUGUCACCGACGUGCUCAAGGUCGUCACGGAUGAAACCAGUUUCGUGUUAGUCAGUGAUAAGCAUCGAAUGAGUUUCCCUGAGACAGUUGAUGAGAUCCUGGAUGUCUCGGAAGAUGAAGGAACUGCUCAUAUAACUAUAAUGGGGGAAGAACUCAUCGGCUUCAAGGCUGAGAGGCGGGAUUCCAGGGAUGUUGAUGAAGAGAAGGAGCUGCUGGAUUUUGUGCCGAAGCUAGACCAAGUGGUGGAAUCUCCAGCCAUCCCCAGGAUUCCCUGUGCCAUGCCUGAGACAGUGGUGAUCAGGUCAGAAGAGCAGGAGCAGGCAUCUAAAGAGUAUGAUGAGGACUCCCUCAUCCCCAGCAGCCCGGCCACCGAGACCUCAGACAACAUCAGCCCGGUGGCCAGCCCGGUGCAUACAGGGUUUCUGGUGAGCUUCAUGGUUGACGCCCGGGGUGGUUCCAUGAGAGGAAGUCGCCACAACGGCCUGCGAGUGGUGAUCCCGCCACGGACGUGCGCAGCGCCCACCCGCAUCACCUGCCGCCUGGUCAAGCCCCAGAAGCUCAGCACGCCACCCCCACUGGCCGAGGAGGAGGGCCUGGCCAGCAGGAUCAUAGCACUGGGGCCCACGGGGGCACAGUUCCUGAGCCCCGUAAUCGUGGAGAUCCCGCACUUUGCCUCCCAUGGCCGUGGAGACCGCGAGCUCGUGGUUCUGAGGAGCGAAAACGGCUCCGUGUGGAAGGAGCACAGGAGCCGCUAUGGAGAGAGCUACCUGGAUCAGAUCCUCAACGGGAUGGACGAAGAGCUGGGGAGCCUGGAGGAGCUGGAGAAGAAGAGGGUGUGCCGAAUCAUCACCACCGACUUCCCGCUGUACUUCGUGAUCAUGUCACGGCUCUGCCAGGACUACGACACCAUCGGUCCCGAAGGGGGCUCCCUGAAGAGCAAGCUGGUGCCCCUGGUACAGGCAACGUUCCCGGAGAAUGCCGUCACCAAGAGAGUGAAGCUGGCUCUGCAGGCCCAGCCUGUCCCGGAUGAGCUUGUCACUAAGCUCCUGGGCAACCAGGCCACAUUCAGCCCCAUUGUCACCGUGGAGCCCCGGCGCCGGAAGUUCCACCGCCCCAUUGGGCUUCGGAUCCCACUGCCUCCUUCCUGGACCGACAACCCGAGGGACAGCGGGGAGGGAGACACCACCAGCCUGCGCCUGCUUUGCAGCGUCAUUGGAGGAACAGACCAAGCCCAGUGGGAAGACAUAACAGGAACCACCAAACUUGUAUAUGCCAACGAGUGCGCCAACUUCACCACCAAUGUCUCCGCCAGGUUUUGGCUGUCAGACUGUCCUCGGACUGCUGAGGCUGUGAACUUUGCCACCCUGCUGUACAAAGAGCUCACUGCAGUGCCCUACAUGGCCAAAUUCGUCAUCUUUGCCAAGAUGAAUGACCCCCGAGAGGGGCGCCUGCGCUGCUACUGCAUGACAGAUGAUAAAGUGGACAAGACCCUGGAGCAGCAUGAGAACUUCGUGGAGGUGGCCCGGAGCAGGGACAUAGAGGUGUUGGAAGGAAUGUCCCUGUUUGCAGAACUCUCUGGGAACCUGGUGCCUGUGAAGAAAGCUGCCCAGCAGCGGAGCUUCCACUUCCAGUCAUUUCGGGAGAACCGUCUGGCCAUGCCUGUAAAGGUGAGGGACAGCAGUCGAGAGCCGGGAGGGUCCCUGUCGUUUCUGCGCAAGGCGAUGAAGUACGAGGACACCCAGCACAUUCUCUGCCACCUGAACAUCACCAUGCCCCCCUGCGCCAAGGGAAGUGGAGCCGAAGAUAGGAGAAGGACCCCGACGCCCCUGGCCCUGCGAUACAGCAUUCUCAGUGAGUCCACACCAGGUUCUCUCAGUGGGACAGAGCAGGCAGAGAUGAAGAUGGCUGUUAUCUCAGAGCACCUCGGUCUCAGCUGGGCAGAGUUGGCCCGGGAGCUGCAGUUCAGUGUGGAAGACAUCAACAGGAUCCGAGUGGAAAAUCCCAACUCCCUGUUGGAGCAGAGCGUGGCCUUGCUGAACCUCUGGGUCAUCCGUGAAGGCCAAAACGCAAACAUGGAGAAUCUGUACACAGCCCUGCAGAGCAUUGACCGUGGCGAGAUCGUGAACAUGCUGGAGGGUUCCGGCCGACAGAGCCGCAACUUGAAGCCAGACAGGCGGCACACCGACCGCGACUACUCGCUGUCACCCUCCCAGAUGAAUGGUUACUCCUCACUGCAGGACGAGCUGCUGUCCCCUGCCUCCCUGGGCUGUGCACUUUCCUCUCCGCUACGUGCAGACCAGUACUGGAACGAGGUGGCCGUCCUAGACGCCAUCCCCUUGGCGGCCACGGAGCAUGACACCAUGCUGGAGAUGUCUGACAUGCAGGUGUGGUCCGCGGGCCUCACGCCUUCUCUGGUCACUGCUGAGGACUCCUCUCUGGAGUGUAGCAAGGCUGAGGACUCUGAUGCCACAGGUCACGAGUGGAAGUUGGAGGGGGCACUCUCAGAGGAACCGCGGGGCCCCGAGUUGGGCUCUCUGGAACUUGUGGAGGACGACACAGUGGAUUCAGAUGCCACAAAUGGCCUUAUCGAUUUGCUUGAACAGGAGGAAGGUCAGAGGUCAGAAGAGAAGCUGCCAGGUUCUAAGAGGCAGGAUGACGCGACAGGUGCAGGGCAGGACUCAGAGAAUGAAGUGUCUCUUGUUUCAGGCCAUCAGAGGGGGCAAGCCCGAAUCACACAUUCCCCCACCGUGAGUCAGGUGACGGAGAGGAGUCAGGACAGACUGCAGGACUGGGAUGCAGACGGCUCGAUUGUCUCAUACCUGCAAGAUGCUGCACAAGGUUCCUGGCAAGAGGAGGUCACGCAAGGUCCACACUCAUUCCAGGGAACAAGUACCACGACUGAAGGGCUAGAGCCCGGUGGAUCUCAGGAGUACGAGAAGGUCCUGGUGUCUGUAAGUGAGCACACGUGGACAGAACAGCCCGAGGCUGAGAGCUCCCAGGCCGACAGGGACCGGAGGCAGCAAGGCCAAGAAGAGCAGGUGCAGGAGGCCAAGAACACCUUCACCCAAGUGGUGCAGGGGAAUGAGUUUCAGAAUAUUCCAGGGGAGCAGGUGACAGAGGAGCAAUUCACGGAUGAGCAGGGCAACAUUGUCACCAAGAAGAUCAUUCGCAAGGUGGUUCGACAGAUAGACUUGUCCAGCGCCGAUGCCGCCCAGGAGCACGAGGAGGUGACUGUCGAGGGGCCCCUGGAGGAUCCCAGUGAGCUGGAGGUCGAUAUUGAUUCCUUUAUGAAACACUCCAAGGUGGAGCUGAGAGGGAGUGGCCUACAGCCGGACCUGAUAGAGGGCAGGAAGGGGGCGCAGAUAGUGAAGCGGGCCAGCCUGAAAAGGGGGAAACAGUGACCCCGAGCCGCUCUCCUUGGAGUAGCCUCUCGGGAGGAUCACACCUCGACACCCAACCCCUGAACCCCACACACUCUGCCAUGCACACAGGAGGAGAGCUGGACCUGAGGGCCACCGCAGCGGUGCACACGUUCCUCUGGGCUGACGGCAUGACCUCUGUAAGGGACUCCCGCUAGUCUCCUCUUCGCAUGAAUGACUGACUGUAGACGCAUGACCUCCAGGCUUCAAUCCUGCCUCUUGCAAUGACAGCUGAUCUGUCGGAACCAGGACACAAAAGCAGCAAGAAGCGGGGAGAGAGAGGGAUAGAAAACAAGCGCGGGAGAGCCUGCGAACGCAAAAGUGAAUGAGGGCUUUUUGUGGCUGGGGAUGGGUUUUGGUUUUGGGGUUUUUUUUAAAAUUGUUUUGACUUCGUACAGGGUACUUUUUCCCAACCUCAUCUGUCAGAAAUCCAUGUGGGCUUCCUGGAAAGAAAAAAAAAAAAAAAAAGGAAACUAGGCAUGAAAUCAGUUUAACACCUUAAUCUUAAGCCAUGUCCUCAUCUGCCCACCCUCCCCAACCCACACACCUCCAUUCCACUUGUGACACCCCCUCGACUCCCUGGUGACGCUCCUCCCAGAUCGCUCUACAUGACAUUCAGGACACACACACACACACACCAUUCGCCUCCACUGAAUCUACACACAGAUUUUACUGUGACAUCUGAAGCUGUAUAGACUCUGCUGUGGAUAAAUUGGAAUUUUUUA